CUCAAUGUUUCCAGCGCCAAAGAACAUCCCAAAAGACUUAUUCGCCCUACAGCUUCCCUGUUACGAUGGUCAUUGAAACAUCCGAGUCCAUACCUAUGCCCCAUGGCCGUUAAGUGCGUUAAGGUCGAUCGAUCUGCCCAGAUAGCCAGCCCAGUAAUACCUUGGCGCCUACUUAGCAGUGAUUAGAAGCCAUUGGCUCAAGUUAAACUCCUAGAUUUCGAAACUAAACGGUGUAAUCAUAAAGAACAAUUACAAACCACUCUCUACUGAUCACGGACGAGCAUCGUGUGGAUUAGGAUGUAUUGUUAUGAGUACUGGCGCAGUCGUAGAGAGAGUGAUGUAUAUCUCGUUAGAUCUUUUGCCAGAGCAGCUGGAGUUGAAAACACAGGGAGAAUUACAACUCCACAGAUCCAGCCUUCUACUUGUUCCAUCAUGAGAAGGGUUUGUUCAUUCGCCAACUAUGGCUACUCGUCGCAGGUUGCAAUGCAGCCGUUGUGGGACAUAGAUCAGGUCAAGCGGGACUCAGUUUUGGAUUUCCUGAACAGCACUCUGCCUGGGCGCUUCUACACAACGGUUAACCAGGACGUUAUCAGCUUAGCCCUUCGAAAAGUGCACGACUAUUGCCCAUCACCAGCGGUCCAGCGAACGCGGCAAUCCCGCUCCUCCUAUCCCAUGGCUAUUAAGCCUCCAACGCAAAGCGGCAAUAAAACAUUUCACAUUGUUGCUGUCGACUUACCAGGCUUCAGCUUCAGAACAGCAGCGACUCAGCCAGGCCUAGGCUCACGAGAGAUGGGUGUAGCUUUCGACGCACCUUAG